AGGCACCGCGGGCAAAUAACCCAGUAAUACUAGUCCCUCCUUCUUAGGCUCAGUCAGACGCCUACAUAUUAAUAAUACAGUGUUGAGUGUCAAGAGAUAGUAGCAAUAAAAGAAUGACUACGAUAGUCUGACAUAGUGGGCAAGACGUUUAGGGAGGGUCUGUUUUCUCCAGUGCCAGGCAACAUCUGUUGUUCUUCCGCAGUUUCCCUGCAAUCUUUGGAUUCCGUGCGGAAAAAAUAUACAGUAUAAAUAUCGCAGUUCAUCAUGUAUCAGCUUAUAAGGAAAUUCGUGUUCACCGAGUCGCAUUGUUUGGAGGAGGACAGCACGAAAAGUUUCGCGGAGUUGUUUGAGAAGUUGGAUGUUAAUAAAGAUGGCAAAGUGGACGUUUCUGAGCUCAAGACGGGCCUGGCUGCUAUGGGCUUUUCUAUGGGGAAAGGAGAAGCGCAGAAAAUAGUUGCCUCUGGAGACACUGAUAAGGAUGAGGGGCUGGACUUUGAGGAGUUUUCAAAAUAUCUGAAAGAACAUGAGAAAAAACUCAAAUUGACCUUUAAGAGUCUGGAUAAAAAUGAGGAUGGUCGCAUCGAUGCCAAAGAGAUUCAGCAGUCACUUAAAGACAUUGGCAUAAACUUGACAGAUCAAGAUGCAGAGAAGAUCCUCCACAGUAUUGAUGUGGAUGGAACUAUGACUGUGGAUUGGAAUGAAUGGAGGGAACAUUUCCUCUUCAACCCAGCGGAUAACCUUCAGGAAAUCAUACGCUACUGGAAACACUCCACUGUGUUGGAUAUAGGUGACAGUCUAACUAUUCCAGAUGAGUUCACUGAAGAGGAGAAGACCACUGGCGUCUGGUGGAGGCAGCUUGUUGCUGGGGCUGUGGCAGGGGCGGUCUCUCGAACAGGCACCGCCCCCCUGGACAGAAUGAAAGUCUUCAUGCAGGUUCAUUCCUCAAAAACCAACAAAAUCAGUCUGAUGGGCGGAUUUAAGCAGAUGAUUAAAGAAGGUGGCGUGGCCUCACUUUGGAGGGGUAAUGGAGUCAACGUCAUAAAAAUCGCCCCAGAAACUGCAAUCAAGUUCAUGGCGUAUGAGCAGUACAAGAAGCUGCUGACCAAAGAAGGUGGGAAAAUCCAGUCACAUGAAAGGUUAAUUGCUGGCUCUCUUGCAGGGGCGACCGCUCAAACGGCCAUCUACCCAAUGGAGGUAAUGAAGACCAGACUUACUCUAAGGAAGACCGGCCAGUAUUCUGGGAUGUUUGACUGUGCUAAGAAGAUUCUGAAGAAGGAGGGAGUGAAGGCCUUUUAUAAAGGCUAUGUGCCCAAUAUCCUGGGAAUUAUUCCGUAUGCUGGAAUAGAUUUAGCAGUUUAUGAGACCUUGAAGAACGCCUGGUUGUCUCGCUAUGCUAAAGACACUGCUAACCCAGGAGUGCUGGUUCUUGUCGGUUGUGGGACCAUUUCCAGCACAUGUGGCCAGUUGGCCAGUUACCCUCUCGCUCUGAUCCGCACACGCAUGCAGGCCCAAGCAUCAUUGGAGGGAGGGGAGCAGGUGUCCAUGUCCAAGUUAGUGAAGAAGAUCAUGGAGAAGGAGGGCUUUUUCGGGCUAUACCGCGGGAUCUUGCCCAACUUCAUGAAAGUGAUCCCAGCUGUCAGCAUCAGCUAUGUGGUGUAUGAGUAUAUGAGGUCUGGAUUAGGCAUCUCAAAAUGAUGAAUAUUCGUAUGAUAGAGUCUUGCAUGUUUUUACACGCACAACUUUAAACCUCCUCUCUUUGAAAUCACCCUCCAUGAUGGGAUAAAAUGUUUUUCUCAGUAACCAAAGUGUUUAAAAUAUCAACCUUGGAAAAAACCAUGAUGGUGUCUUGGAUUGAGGUUGGGCCCAACCUAAUUAAUGUUUACACUGAAAUAUAAAUGUACCUAUAUGUAAUUAAUGAAUAUCUGAAAUAUUCUACAAUUUUAUCCGUUUAUAUGAUUUUAUCAUGUGACCAUGUUGUGGUCAUGUAGUACCUGAAGCCAUUGUGAGCCAGUGCACUAUAAUGCUAUGCAGUAUCAGUCUCUGUUUUACACUAGAUAGAUAGAUAGAUAGAUAGAUACAUAGACAGACCGUGAAAAUCUGCCUUCUUGUAUAAAGUAAUUGUACCUUAUUAUACAGGGUAUAAUUUUUUUAAGUGAAUUAGGUUGGGCCGUAUUCAAGUCUUUAAACACUGCAGUCAGUCGGUGUUUCUAUAUGUUCUGUGAAAACUGCUAAAUAUCCACAGUAAAACAAGAAGCAGAGAAACAAUGCAAAAUGGGAACCCACAUGACAUAAAGAGCUAAAUGUGCCUUAUAUCAUUGGUUCAGUUUCUCUGUGGGUCCCUUUCCAUCUCAGCUAUACAUUGGAAAUAGAAUUUUAAUUUGUGUUGCCUUUUAUCCCCAAUGUUUGGAUAUUUCAGGAACCCUUGUUUAUAUUAAAGGUGGUAUUUUAAUACA